GGAGAAUUGGCGCCAUCUAGUUCCUGCUCCCCAUGCGUCUUCUGGCAUGUCUCGCGCUUCCGCUUUGCAGCGGCUUGGGCAGCGAGAGCUUCUGGGAAGGGGUCUUGGACGAUUCCGCCUGCCUCCAUCAGCCCUUGGCCUCUGCUGAGCUGCUCAGCGCGGCGGCCAAAGCCGCGGAUGUCUUCGAGCCACAGCUUCGGCGGAAGGUCCUGGGUGCGCUCACCAGCGGCCGCGCUUCCUGUGGGCUCGCGCGCUUCCUGGCGCAGCUGGUGCUGGUGAUUGCGGAUGCGGAAAGUCCAGGCGCGGACGGCGACCUGGAGCGGUAUUUGUCGCGCAUCCAGCUGCCGCUGCCCAGCUUCUUUCGAGUGGCCUCGAGUUUCCUGCCAGAGGUGCUGGCUUUGGCCAGUGUCACCCUGGAGAGGAGACUGAGCGGCAAAGACCGAUACGAGUCCUGCAAAGACGCAGAGGACUUGGGAGAAGAGCUGGCGAUCAACUCAGCAGAGAAGUCUGCCGGCGUCACCUUCUGGACGAAGGCCAUGGCCUUGGCCGAGAAGAUCGUCCGGGAGCAGGGCUUCGAGUGGACCAACGAAGCGCGGGUGGCCUUCUCAGCCAGUUUGAUCGGCAAAAAGGCUCGGCGGAUCUGCCCCUCGGGGGUCAUGGCCUUGAAGCUGAUCCGAUGCAUUGGCCACGAUGAGACGCAGAAACAGGAGGAGGUCUACGGCUUGGCCCAGGAGGCCGAGGAGUUGCUGGGCUGGGGCCUGAAGGACGUCUCUCUGCCCAAGCUCUUUUACAAUGCCUGGCCUUUCUGGGGCCUCCUGGCCUUGUUGGCCUCGACGCGGCACCACAGCUUCCAGGUGUCUCCCCGGAGCCUCGACCUCUCGGAGGCCCCGCUGCUGGCGACGCUGCAGGCGGCGCCGCUGGCAGCGGAGCUGCGGGGCGCGGCGGUGGUGGCGGCGGUGGACCGCACCAUGGCCGCGCAGGAGCUGGCGGUGUGGGUGUCGCGCCUGAGAAGGUCCUUGCUGCCAUCGCAGCAGCUCUUACAAGCAGAGCACCACGUGGUACUGGUCAUGGAGCCAACCCAGCAGGACCACGCCUGCGGGCGUCUCGCUUGGUUCGGCCACGCCGGGCGGUUGCUGAGCUGCGUGCAGAGCGCCCCGGAUGCUUCACUGGAGCUGGACGCACAGGCCUUGGGCCUGUGGCUGCUGAGCCGUCAGCUGCCGGUGGCGCUGCUCAGCACCGCCACCAUCCCCUUCCCCGGGCUCGGCGAUCAGCUGGCGGAGCUGCUUGCACGGAACCGGAACUUCGCAAUGUUCCUCAGCGACACGCAGGUGGCGGUGGGGCCAGCAAACCGGCCGCUGGUGGUGCAGGCUCCCUUUAUGGAUGUGGGCCUGCGCUUGCUAAGGCCAGUGAUGCCCACCAUGGAGCUCUUACGCUGGUCAGUGCGCCUGGCCUAUGGCAAUCCUUUUCUUCGUGCGGCGGAGGUGCUGAACCGCUUCAACAUCAGCGAGGACUUGGAUUUCGUGCUGGGCGCCUCUCAUGGCUUUGUGUCUUCCGAAGGUUGGCGCGCAGAGGAUCUCAGAGCGGUCUCUCGAACCAACGAGACGGACCCGCACUUCUCCGGUGGGAUUCUGCUCUUCACCAUGCGGCCCUUCCACAUCAUGCGGCGCUGGUUCUCGGGACACGCCUGCCGUCACGUUUGUGCCGAGGGACUCCUGAAGUGCCCGGCUGCAGCCGCAGGCUCCGCCUGCAACUUGCUCUCGGAAGACCGGCUGCUGCUGGAGACCUUGAAAGACACCUUCCUGCUGCGGGAGCCCUCGGCGCGCUCAGCGCGGGUGCGGCUGCUGCAGGCGGGUCCCAGCAGCUGUGGCACCACCUCCAUCGCCCACUUCUUCGCGGAUGGCCACGGCUUGCGGGUGGCCAAGAACUACGUGGAGGGCAUGGAGAUCCGGGACUUGGUGAACCUUGCCCUCUCGGAGGGCCGGGCGCCCUUCAGCCGCAUGGACCACUUCGACGUUGUGGCGGACGCCUUCGACGUGGUCCGGGUGGGCGUGCACUUCUGCUCCGAUGGCCUGGGCCACGGGGGCCAGAGCUGCAAGAAUGUCCAUGGGGACGUGCUCCAGGAGAAGCUCGAUGAGUUCAAGGUGAUCCUUCAGAGCCUCCAUGACGCGUACCCGAACCUCCGCUUCGUGCACAACACCUGCAACCUGCAGAGCUGGCUCUCCAAGCGGGUGCACAACUGCUGGCCCCACCUGGCGGCGCCAGGCGAGCACUGGUCUGCCUGGCUGCAAAUCUGGGAGUCCUGCUGCAACCCAGUCUUCGGGUAUGGGGGUAACCUGUCCUGCUGGACUGGGGACAGUGCGCAGAAGGUGGUGAUCCCAGGGCGUUUGAACUUCCAGGACUUCGCCUACCCCACCUGCUGCGAGGGCCUGCCCUUCUAUCAGGAAGCCUGGCGCCAGGUGCACAGGCUGCUGCUGAAGGUGGUGGACUCUUCCCGGCGCGUGCCGUUCAACAUCGCUUGGGACGACCCGCUGCGGCUCUCGCAGGCCUUGGGGUUGCAGGACUCCUUCCAAGCCGCGGCCUGGCGGAAGAUCCACCAGACGAGGAAGUCGGCCACGAAGAAGACGUGACAUGGACGCUGCCGUGGGCGCUUCGUGACCUUCUGGCGCUUGCCGUCAGGGGCCUCCGUGAAGAUGCGAUCCGCCUCGGUGUGGGUGGAUUGCGGCUGGCUGAGCCAGUGACGCCAUGGAGAAGAUGGAGCUAUGGGCGUGGAGAAUCGGAAGCCUGCGAAUCAAGAACGCUCACAGAGAUUGGCGGCGCCCUCGCUGCUGU